AUGACAAAAACGGCUGUAUCUCGAUUGGCUACGGUUAUCAAGCUCAUUCGCUUCUGCGUUGCGGUCUGUGGCACGGAUGUGUCCGAUCCGAACUAUCGUAUGUGGACGUGGACUUACCUCAUACUGUGUGCCAUAUUCGCCUUUUUUGUGUUUACCGGCUACACAAUGUAUGUGGGCGUGAUGCUGAAGGAUUGGACAAUAAUUUUGCAGGCACUUGCCGUGGCUGGCUCGGCUGCUCAGGGCCUCACAAAGUUCUUGUGCUGUGUGGGUAAUGCGUCGGUAAUGCGUAAGAUACAGGGCACCUACGAGUCCAUGUACAGGGAGUACGAGGGCAGAAAUGGCGUAUAUACAAAAUACCUGCACCAGCGCAUCAACAACUUCUGGUACCUAAUGUUGGCAUUCGUCUGGGUCUACACGUCCUUGGUAAUCGUUAUGAUCUGCUUUCCCCUGUUCGAGUUUGUUGCCUAUGGCAAAAGAGGCAUGGUAUUGCACUUCCUAAUACCCGGCCUCGAUCACAACUCCGACAGUGGAUAUCUGGUUCUCAUUUCACUGCACUGCACGUUCCUGAUUUUGGGUGCAUUUGGUAAUUUCGGCGGCGACAUGUACCUAUUUCUGUUUAUUGUCAAUGUGCCGCUACUGAAAGACAUAUUCAAUGCAAAGUUCGACGAGUUCAACGCGUUGGUCGUGCAGGAAAAUAAGUACAAAGAGAUGCACGCCAUGCUCUGGGAUCUGCUGGGCUGGCAUCAAAAAUAUGCAACUAUUCUGCAAGAAACAAAGCAAAUAUUUACGGUUGUUAUGUUCGUACAGCUUAUGACAGCUUGCGUCGGCAUUCUGUGCACCAUCUCUUGCAUUUUCACGAAAGUCUGGCCCACUGCGCCAGCCUACCUGAUAUAUUCCUUCAUAGUGCUCUACACUUUUUGCGGCCUGGGCACCAUCGUGGAGACUACGAAUGAACAAUUCACAACUGAAAUAUACUCAAAUUGCCUGUGGUACGAGAUGCCGCCCAAGGAGCAGAAGCUCGUGAUUCUCAUGCUGGCCAAGUCACAAAAGGAACGUUCGCUAACUGCAGCGGACAUGCUCCCACUGUCUAUGGCUACUGCUCUGCAAUUAACCAAGGCCAUAUACAGCUUCAGCAUGAUGAUGAUUACCUAUUUGGACUACGAGAAAUAAAUGGCAGAAA